AUGACUAUCAGAAGACAAGUCAAACCUGAUGAAAAGACGUCGAUACAUGCAACCGACACGACAGUCUCGGGACCGGAAGACAGCUCACGAUCCAAUUCAGAUGUCGAUGCUCAACCCAGAAAGAAGAGUCCAUCCGGGAAACGGCCCAUAAAGAAGACUCCAUCUAAGGAGAAGCGCAGCAAAUCUUCCAAGUUGGAGCAGCCAAGUCGCGACACGAUUGAAGUUGAAGUUGAGGACAUCUUGGGCUUUGCCGCUCUAAUAACCAUUCUUGUCGCCAUUCUGGCCUACGUCGUCCACGGAAAAUACUGCGAUAUUUCGAGCACCAAGUGGCAAUCGCUUUGCACAGGAACAGCUCCAAAGGGACCUAUAACCAUGACGAUUGAUCGACCAGGCACCUGGACUUGGCUCGAAGGCCGACUCACCACGCACGCUUAUUUGACUGCCACCAAGACUGUUUGCCCGGGGCACUGUGACCGGAUAACGAGUCCGCCUUAG